GGCCAAUGGUGCGAUCAAUACUUAGAAUUGGUGGAUCACUCAAUUUUCCUUUCAGUUGUGGUUUAUAAUUCGAAACGAGAAGUCCAACGCGCGGUGAAAAAAAUAUAUAUCAUUGAUAUUUUAAUUUAAAGAUCAGUGAAAAAGCUAAAGGAACAUAGAAAAAGCGUUCAAACGCCAAAUUUAAAAUACAUAAAAUGUUCCUGUUUAAAUCUAUUUGCGCUGACAGAAGAACAAUGCAUUUCCAUUAUCUCAAAAAAAUCAAUUUGGUUAUAUUUGUGCUGUUACUUUUCGACUUAAGUUCCGGAAAUACCACACAAACAGACACGGUUAGCAAAACAUUGCAAACCUCUAACCUGCAAACAAACCAAUCUACAACAGUUGAUAUUACCACAGUAACGCCCAGAUAUAACCCCAACAAGAUACCACGUUCCCUGCGUCUACCCAACACCACAUACCCGCUGAAUUAUCAUCUGCACAUAGUUUCGUAUGUACACCGCGAAGAGUUCCAGUACAACGGUAAUAUAACCAUAGAAAUUUCGGUGCGCGAGUCGACCAACGAGAUCGUAUUGCACGCGAAAAAUCUCACCAUAACCGCGAUCUCGAUGCGUGAGCUAAAUACGCAUGCCACAUUAGAUGACCUCACAUAUACAUACAAUGAGCGCGCAAACUUUUUAAUUAUUCAUCCGAUUGAAAACUAUCAAGCCUUUGAGGCGGGUCAACGUUAUCGGUUGGAAAUUCUAUACAAGGGAUACCUUCAGAAGAACACUUUCGGCAUUUACUGGAUGGCAUAUAAGGAUGAGAAAAAUGGCACAGUAUAUGUAACGGCGACGCAAUUCGAGCCAACAAGCGCCCGCUUGGCCUUCCCGUGUUACGAUGAGCCGUCAUUCAAAGCCAACUUCACAAUCAGUCUCACGCACAGCAGUUAUUAUACGGCUAUCUCGAAUGUGAUGGUGCGUCAAAUUGAACCGUACAUUGACGUGAAUGCAGCGCUCGGUGGCAUUGAUGGACCAAUGUUGACAACGACAUUCCACACAACACCCGCCAUUUCUACUUACCUGGUCGCUUUUGUCAUCUCAGAUUUCGUUUACAUUUCGGAGGAAUAUCGUGGCAUUUUGCAACGCAUCUUCACCUCACCACACGUUGCAGAUAAGGGACGUCGAGCUUUGAAAAAUGCCAUACGAACGGUGUCUACGUUUGAGGACUACUUUGGUAUCGAUUAUGCUUUACCGAAAUUAGAUCAUGUACUGUUGAAGCGAAACUAUGGUUCUGCAAUGGAAAACUGGGGUUUAAUCACCUACAAUGAAGACAAGCUGGUGCAUUGGGAAGGUGCUGAUUUGCACAAAAGACAAAGUGAUAUUCUUAUGCAAAAUCACGAAAUUGCCCAUCAAUGGUUUGGUAACUUGGUGUCACCGGAAUGGUGGUCGUACGCUUGGCUGAAUGAAGGAUUCGCCACCUACUUUAGUUACGUCGUAACGGAUAUGCUCUAUCCGGAUUUCAAAGUUAUGGAAUUCUUCUUGACUGACAUAGCUGAGCGCGCAUACAGCUUAAACUACAUUACUGUACGUCCGAUGACGCAUUACGUAGAAAACAACACGGAAAUACUCUCCAUAUUCGACAUAAUAUCCUACCAUAGAGCUGCAUGCGUAAUCAAAAUGUUCCAUCACGCUUUCAACCAAAAGACUUUCAUAAAAGGCAUAAGUCAGUAUUUGCGAAAAUAAAAUUUUCUCCUUCUUCUCAGUCAGUAUAGUUUUGCUAAUGAGUUGAAUCUAAUCGAUGAACUUCAAGCUGCCAUUGCGACGGAUGCCACGU